CAAUUCCGUCUCAAAAGCAAGUCACCGUAGGCGAAAGUUUGACAAUGUUUUUGACGUUUUGAAAAAGUUUAUCUCAAAAUUCGGUCAUACUAUUUUUGUCCGUGCAUCUUUAAUUCCUUUAGAGAUGGCUUCGUGUCAACCAUGCGGACCGCUUCCAACAGGUCAGGCGCGUUCAUGUCCACCGUGCCCUCCUCCUCCUCCUCCGCGCUGUCCCCAACCGAGCACUAUACCAGUCGUCGCCGAUAAUCUACCGAAAAAUCUCAUACCGCCGAACGAGUGCUGCAACGUUUGCGUUCCGAUUAACGUCCCCUCGGUACCGAUACCGAAGAGAGUACCCAAAAGAUGUAAGUACAUACAACCGCCGAGGCCGAAAUCGUACGCGCCUUUACGGAAAUUCAUCCCGCCCGAAAUGAAAAUGGAGGACAAUACCAUCUAUAGAAAAUCCUUUAUACCAGUAGAAGCCGAAAAACCGGUGCAAAUCAUACCGGAAAACAAUCUGUGCGUCGGGGAAGGUAAAAUGUCACAAAAUACCGUCAACAGGAUGUCUUUUCAGCCUCACAAAUCCAAACCGGCUUGUCCGAUUUAUCCUUGCGAACAUAAAUUGAUAGGAACCGGACCUAUGCAGGAUAUCACAACGCAAAAACACGAUUACGUAGCCAAACCCGUAGUUAAAACAGCCCCAGUUAAACCUCUAACCAACCUAUUUUCUUCAGAUUGUCCCCUGAGCGACAAAACUGUUAAUAGAUUAUCGUACAUGCCGCAAGAUCUCGAGAAAGCCAGGGUAGUACCAGUUCGACCAACGAACGCUAUCCCGGCGCCGUGCGGGAAAAUUAGUUGUAAAACGGUACAGAAGAUGUCGUAUCAACCGUGGAAACCACCCGAGCGAAUGGACAUGCCUUGGGCGGAAAAACCGAAAUUCGUUCCACCCAAACUUCGAAUGGAAGAUAACACUAUCAAUAGGUUGAGUUACGGACCCCCCGGUGAAUAUAUCGAGUGCGAUGACGACGAUUCCAGUUGCAUACCUUGUCCGCAAACAAAUUUUUGUCCUCCGCCUCCGGUUUGUAUGGGUCCGACCCAAUGUUGUAUGCCUUGUUGUUGUCCGAAAGCAGCUUGUUAGUAAAAGUGUUGCGGAAAAAUUUAUCAGUGAAAUUAUUUUUAUUGUAUCGUGUAUUAUAUGUUUUUAUACAAUUAUAUACAGUAUAUAUAUAUGAUUAUAUAUGA